UGUAGUCCUUGUUCAGUUCAUUUCAUUCUGUACUGCUCUACGUUCGGUUGCAUAUGUUCCAUUCAUGAAUACCCAGCGUAGCUGGUGUGCUCGUUCAUAUUUUAUCACACGUGUAGUUUUAUACCGUGGCGGACAGUGUGCUAUAUUCCUUCUCACAUUCCACAUUCUCCUCACUCACCUGCCGUAGAUCGUGGAUUACAAUGCAUGCUGGGAAGAAGAGAAGAUGCCUCGGGUUUGGAAGUUGAUUUCAAGAACAACGCUAAGAGCGUAGGCAGUCAUUUCAACGAAUCCUAACUCCUAACCGCAGAUCUGAGGCCACAGUACAACUUUAUGUCAAAUGCCCGUUCAGUUUUUCAGACCAUGAAUGUAUGUAGUAGUAACAUGGCUGACGAAGGAUAUAAAAUACGUGUAUUGGAACGAUUGAAAAUAAAAAUUGGAGAAGCCAAGAAUUUACAAGCUAGGACGCACGGUUCCUCGUCCCAAAGAGAUGUAUACUGUACUUUAUCUUUGGAUCAAGAAGAAAUAUUUCGUACAUCUACCAUUGAAAAAUCUCUCAGCCCCUUCUUCGGAGAGGAAUUUCAAUUCGAGGUACCAAGGAACUUCCGUUUUGUGUCAGUAUAUGUGUUCGAUAGAGACAGGCACUUGAAACAGGACAAAGUAUUAGGAAAGGUUGCAAUAAAACGAGAAGAUUUGGCUUCCUACAACAACAAAGACCAUUGGUUCCCAAUCAAAGCUGUGGAUGCAGAUUCUGAAGUACAGGGAAAAGCAAACAUUGAAAUCAAUUUCGAACCAGCACCACCCAACAAAAGUACAAAUAGUUUUAGUAGCAAUAGGCGGCUUUCGGUGCAUGUUGUAGAAUGUUUAGACCUAACAUUGAAAGGUGGCUCUUGUGAUCCUUAUGCGGUUGUGACAGUUCUUUAUACCAAUGGAAAAAAAAUCAACAAACGGACCAAAGUGCAAAAGAAAACGACAUGUCCACAGUUUGAAGAGGUUUUUAUGUUCGAUAGUGUUGAGGAACGGGAGAAAGAUAGAGACUCUUACUCAGUGUGUCCUGAGACUGAUGUGGAAAUUUGUGAACUUCAAGUUGCCAUUUGGCACGAUGUACCUGGAAUGGGUGGAGAUGUGUUUCUCGGGGAAGUUCGAGUGCAACUCCGGGGGAUGCAACAACAGAAUGCUGCCCAUAGGAAUGCAUGGUACUUCCUACAGCCGAGGUCGACUAGGAAUCGACCGUUCUUCACGCACUCCACACCGCCAGGAACGAGGCUUUCCAGUGAUAAUUCCUUAGGCUCUCUCCGCCUCCAGGUCCAAUACACGGAGGACAGGGUUUUCCCGGCACAGGUCUACGAACCUCUGAGGAGGUUGCUGUUGCAAAGCGUGAAUACAACGCCCAUAACUUCGAGCGCAGUGUACAUAUUGGGAGAAGUGAUAUCCAGUAAAAUGGACAUUGCACAACCGUUAGUGAAAAUCUUCAUGCACCACAACGAGAUAGUGUCAAUAAUAAGGUCAUUGGCCAAUCAUGAAGUAUCAGGUUUAACCGAUGCUACCACGAUCUUCCGCGGUAACACCCUCGUCUCCAAGAUGAUGGACGAAGCUAUGCGGCUGAUCGGCAUACAGUACCUCCACAAGACGCUGCGUCCCACCUUGGAACUCAUCUUCAACGAGAAGAAACCCUGCGAGAUAGAUCCGACCAGGGUGAAGGACGCAAACACGAUCCAAACCAACCUGACCAAUCUGAAGUGUUACAUCCAGAAGAUCCUGGACGCCAUCACCCAGAGUGCCGUCUACUGUCCAGCCCUGAUGUGCCAGAUUUUCUACAAUCUGAGGGAGUGCGCCCUUCUGCAUUUUCCUGCCAACCGCGAGGUCAAAUACUCGGUCAUAUCGGGGUUUAUUUUCUUGAGGUUUUUCGCGCCCGCCAUACUGGGUCCCAGGCUGUUCGACCUGACUACUCAACAAAUAGAUAAUCAAACAAAUAGGACCCUUACCCUUAUUUCUAAGACUAUCCAAUCGUUGGGUAAUUACGUGAGCAGCAGGUCGACCCAGCAGGUGUGCAAAGAAGAAUACAUGGAACAACUCUACAAAAUAGUUUAUACAGAAAAACACAUUGUUGCCGUGCGACAGUUCUUAGAGAUCAUCUCGGCUAUCUCGAAUCCAGAAACAAUACAAAACGAUACGCCAGUACUUUUGAAAGAAGGGUUGAUGAUUAAGCGUGCGCAAGGAAGAAAAAGGUUCGGCAGAAAGAAUUUCAAGCAAAGAUAUUUCAAAUUGACCACUCAUGAUCUCAGCUAUUCUAAGAACAGACAUAAGGAAGCAUUGUGCCAAAUACCCCUGUCGAAUAUUUUGGCGGUGGAGAGGCUGAACGAGAGAUCGUUCAAAAUGAAGAAUAUGUUUCAAAUCAUCCAGAGAGAACGAGCCCUUUAUGUACAAGCCCCGAACUGCGUGGAAGAGAAGGAAUGGAUUGAUCUUCUCACGAAGAUCUGUCAAACAAAUUCUAAUAGACUGAAAGAAUACCAUCCGUGUGCGUUCAUCAAUGGACAGUGGCAAUGUUGCAAUUCCCAAAACGAAUUAGCACCAGGCUGUAACGCUGUCUCCACGUUAGACAACAACUUUCACAUGUCCCUCGACCCAGAAAGGGAUUUGCAGAGGAUACAUUCGUUAGUUAUGGGACACCUGGAUUUUAUAGAGUCGUUUAUAAAUUGGUGCGAAGGUGAUAGAGUGUAUUCUGGACCACUUCCGAAAAGUAUUUCUGGGGUGGAUCUGCAGAGCUGCUACAAUAUUCUGAGAGAGAUAAGAGAGAUAGCUUAUCAGAUUGAAAGACGACAUAGGAUUUAUAACAGGACCUUAGCUAGGGACACCAGAUAUGGUAGCAAGGCUGCUCCUAUCGGCGAUGACAAUUAUCUCCUAGCUUCGAGAAUGAAUUUGGAUAUCAGAAAAUGUGGUCCAUCUGAUCAGGAUGAAAACAUGUUUCUGAGACCAUAACCUAGUGAUUGAAUCGGUUCAACUUUAAGUAAAUAGUAAAGAAACAAAAUUUUGAAAAAAUCUCAAAAAGGGCAGCACAGAAGUAGGUAUCAAACCUCAAAGCUGGAUUCGUAAUGUUCUGUAACUCCCUCGCGUACGGAAAUGUUAAGUUCCGAAAAACUAUUUCACUUCAAAUUCUGGCUUCUUACACUGAUAUAGAUUAUGAAAAAUCAGAAAUUGUCGCUUCAAAGUGCCCCUAAUCUCAAUCCAAAGACUGGAACGUAUUUACUAAGCAAUCAGGAAACCAAAUGGUUGUUUUCUACCUAUGAUUAGAAAUUGAUCGAAUCAUAUUUUAAUAAUGUAGACUUAUGUACAGAUUUUAAUGAAAUUCUUCAUUACUUUUUAAGUUUUAUCCAAUCGGACAAUCCCUUUAUUUUGUAUUAUAGAUAUUUAAUUUUGUAAAAUAAAGUACAAAGGGAACUAAAUCUGCUUCCAAGCAGAUGUAUUGGAACAAUGUUGGGAUUGUGAGCGAAGCUGUUUACAGGGUAUGAUUGAGCAAUACAAGCAUGCAGUUCAGAUUUUGUUCAAAUGAAUCAAUUUUCAAAUCGAAACAUUUCCAGUUGAAUUGAUCACAAAUUUUAAAGAGACCCAGUGAAAUGUGGCAGAAUGUGCUAAAUUUCGGCUUGAAAAGUUCUGUCAUAAGGGAAAGAAAUAUCAAUAUUAUUAUCUCAUUCCAUUUGUACUUUUUCUAAAUGUUCAUAUUCGAUAUUAAACACAAGUAAAUCCAGUUCAACACACACAUUACUUAAGAUUGCAACUUAUUGUUACCUCAAUUUGUGGAAAAGAAAUAUAUUGGCCAUAUUGUUGAAGGUUGAAGUGUCAUAAUUUCGAUUUAUUAAAAAUUAUGAGAUACUGUUCAUACUCAUCUCAAUGUUGUAUUUCAAUUCACAAUGAAGUGCAUUGUCGAUAAUUAUUAAGCAAAUGCUUCUUUUGCUUUGAAACUUAAAUCAUGUCAAGAUGUUUAUAACACUUUUAAGCAUACUCUUAGUGAAGUACGUCAAUAUUAUUAUUGAGAAUUUACACUAACUUUACCCAAGCUGUAUGGCACUUCAUGUUUGAUAUUAAUAUUGUAUAUUUCUAAAACUACUGUUACUGUUGAAUGUUUUAUUGAUUUGUAGCAUGAUCUAGCCUUCUGUUUUUCUUCAACGCUUCAGAUUCCUUACACUUAAAAACAGAGAUUGUAAAUUAUAUAUAUUUUUUUUUAUUUGGGAUUCUCAAUGUGUGAAUUGUCAUCCCUGGUAAGAUUGUUAUUUGUUCAUCUGCUGGUUUAAUUUUAGUUGUGAAUUUUUUAUUGAUUAAAUUAUAAAACUUUUAAAUAAAUUAUUGAAUAAACCAUU